CUGAAACUAGAUUGAUGAUAAUUAUUCAGAUCUACUAACUAAGCGGUGGAAUCAGAGACAGACACAUGAGUCAUGAGAUAUAUGAUAUCUUUCCAGUGAAUAAUUGUUCCAUUUUUGAAUCAAUAUUUGAUCUGCCUACGUGUCAUCUUUCUUCUGGCUCUCUCUUCUCCCUGAUUGUUUGGACCUCGUCAAAACUCUUGAUAACUGUUUGGCUUUCCUUCUUUCUGUUUUCUCUUCGUUGGUUUUCAUUUUUUAAACAUCUUAAUCACUAAAAAACACUUACAUAGCCCAAGAAUAAUACUAUAAUAUGUUCGUGUCACAUCUACAAUUGAAAUAACUUCCAGAUUGUGGUUAUUCAUAGUUAAAUGGACUGAAUGUUAUCUGGAGUGAAGAGGCUACAGAAAAGUUUAUCUAUAUCUCUUGAAAUUAAAUAUUUUAAAGAUUUCCCUGUAGUUAUAAUAAUUAGGAAAACAUUUUUAUGAUUACUUGUCAUCUUAAUCUCUAAUAUCCUAACGCGUCAUCAGAUUCCGGAGUUUACAAGCCAUCACAGCUUCGCCACUUGUAACUUGUAAAUUUGCUACACCCCAUCUUUUCAUGUGUGAUGGGUCCAUUAGUACUAUAAAAUUGAAUAAUCAUAAACACUAACUUGGUUAGGAUAACUGAAGAGUCAUCAAUCAUAUAUUCAUAUUAACUGUAGAAUACCUUUAUUUAUAGUUACCCGUUAUUCAAUAAUGCAAUUAAUCUUCCAAGAAAGAAACACCAUUUCUUUUCAUUUGUGGGACCCCUCAUGAAAUUAUUGAAAUCCAGCAAAUAUUGGUGAUACAUCAUACACGUUGGACAACAUUUCUUUCAGGUACAAUACAGAUUAAAAUGAAAAUAACAUUUUACAUGAAAAAAAUUAUCUCUAAAAACAUCUCCAACCAUAUUCUAUUUUUCAUUCUAAAUAGAGUUUAGAGUAAAAUGUUCCAAUAAUACUCUAUUUUCCACUCUAUAAUAAAAUAAUAAAUAGAUUUACUCCAAAUAUAGCGUAACUUAUUUAUUUUUUGUUUAUCACUCUAUUUUUCGUUCUAAAAUAGAGUAUCAUUGAAGUGGACUUGAACUCUAUUAUAGACUCUAUUUUAAAGUGGAAAAUAGAGUAAACCGUUGGAGAUGGUCUAACCGAAUACCAUGUCAUAUGACCACACAAAUUAAUUUUAUGAUAAAAGUUAUAAACAUACAUUCAUUUUUGUGGCCAACACAUUAUAAUAACAUUUUAUCAAAAAAAUAAAACACAUUAUAGUAACAUUAUAAUAAUAAACUAAAUUGAUUUAUAAAAAGGCUCAUUUCCCUUCUUAGCUCUUACAUUUCUCUGUUUCUUCUAUCUGCUUCCAGUUGAAACCGAACUAACAGAAUGGAGUGUGAUCAUGUCUCCCUCGAAGAAUCCGACAAACUGAAAUCUCCGCUCUUGCCGGUCGUCCAUAAUGAGGAACCACACGAACAACAAACGGUGGCGCAACAUCUCCAGACAAUAUUCACACCUAAGAAUUGUUACAUCGCUCUUGGUCCUCUUCUUUGCACCGUCGUGUGUCUAUGCGUACGGCUCGGCGGAGAUGAUACGACGACGGCGAGGAACAUGCUUGGCGUUCUUGUGUGGAUUUUCGCGUGGUGGUUGCCGGAGGCCGUUCCGAUGCCGAUCACUUCCAUGUCGCCGCUUUUCCUAUUUCCUCUGUUUGGAAUCACGUCGGCGGAUGACGUGGCAAGUUCUUACAUGGAUGACGUCAUCUCCCUCGUCCUUGGCAGCUUUAUCCUCGCUCUCGCCGUCGAGCACUACAAUAUUCAUCGUCGACUCGCCCUUAACAUAACGUUGGUGUUCUGCGUGGAGCCGCUAAACGCGCCGCUGCUGCUUCUAGGAAUCUGCGCCACAACAGCGUUCGUGAGCAUGUGGAUGCACAACGUGGCGGCUGUUGUCAUGAUGAUGCCAGUCGCUACAGGAAUACUUCAGCGACUCCCUUCAUCAUCGUCGUCAACGGAAAUGGUUCCUCCGGCGGUGGGAAAGUUUUGCCGAGCAAUGGUUCUCGGUGUGAUAUAUUCAGCCGCAGUUGGUGGAAUGAGCACACUGACAGGAACAGGUGUGAAUCUCAUACUUGUCGGAAUGUGGAAAAGCUAUUUCCCUGAGGCUGAUCCAAUCAGUUUCAGCCAAUGGUUCUUCUUUGGUUUCCCAUUGGCCUUGUGCAUAUUCGUUACCCUCUGGGGUAUUCUAUGUGUGAUGUAUUGUCCUAAUGGAUCAGGGAAAGCUCUAUCUCCUUAUCUUCAUAAAUCUCAUCUCAAGAGAGAGCUUGAGAUGUUAGGACCAAUGAGUUUCGCUGAGAAGAUGGUCUUGUCCGUGUUUGGUGGGUUGGUUGUGUUGUGGAUGACAAGAAACAUAACCGAAGAUAUCCCCGGCUGGGGUUGCGUCUUCGACGGCCGGGCCGGGGAUGGAACGGUCAGUGUGAUGAUGGCUACUUUGCUGUUUAUAAUCCCAAACAAUAUUAAAAAGGGAGAGAAGCUAAUGGAUUGGGACAAAUGCAAGAAACUCCCGUGGAACAUUGUCUUGUUAUUAGGAGCUGGGUUCGCUAUAGCCGAUGGAGUACGAACAAGCGGCUUAGCUGAAGUCUUCUCCAAAGGACUCGUGUUUCUCGAAACAGCUCCUUAUUGGGCCAUCGCUCCAACGGUUUGUCUCAUCGCUGCUACUAUCACCGAGUUCACGUCAAACAACGCAACCACUACAUUGUUGGUUCCUUUGCUCAUCGAGAUUGCAAAGACAAUGAGAAUCCAUCCUCUGCUCCUAAUGGUCCCUGGUGCCAUUGGGGCUCAGUUCGCUUUCUUGCUCCCCACGGGAACACCUUCUAACAUCGUUGGGUUCACGACAGGGCAUAUCGAGAUCAAGGACAUGAUCAAGACAGGCUUGGCUCUCAAGAUUGCUGGAACGGUCUUUCUCUCUGUUUUGAUGCCCACUCUAGGGGCAUACAUUUUUGCAUCAAAAGCAGGAGUUUAGUUCGAUGGGCUAAAAGCAUAAGACCAUUACACUAUUGAUUCAUUACUGUAAUAUAAUGAAGUAUCAUAUUAUGGAUAUGCCAGUCACAGGUGGAACGCAAAGUUUAGAUGUGGUUAAACUUCACAGUAAAAUUGCAGUAUAUGAUAAAAAAAAAUUAUUAAAAUUAAAA